AUGACAAGCCCCCCUCCUUUAACCGGUAUCAAGGUGUUGGAGUUUGCUGGUCUUGCUCCUGGCCCAUAUGCUGGUAUGCUUCUGGCCGAUGCGGGCGCCUCAGUGCUUCGCAUUGACCGUGCAUCGUCUGACGCAUCGCGUCCGACAGAGGAUGUGCUGGCCAGACACAAGGCCUCCAUCUCCGUUGACCUCAAGUCAGAGCGCGGCAUAGCUCUGAUAAAGCGCCUGGCUGCACAUGCAGAUGUUCUCAUCGAUCCUUUUCGUCCUGGUGUUCUUGAAAAACUUGGUCUAGGUCCAGAUGUGCUGUGCAACCUCAACAAGAGACUCAUCUACAGUAGAAUGACUGGCUUCCGUCGUGAUGGGAAGUAUGCACUCAUGGCAGGUCAUGAUAUCAACUACCUCGCUGUUUCGGGAACACUAGGGAUGCUGGGAAGGGAGGGCGAGAAGCCACAUCCACCGAUGAAUAUCCUUGCGGAUUUUGCUGGCGGAGGAGCCAUUCUGUUUCAAGGGAUCUUGAUGGCUGUCAUAUCUAGGCAGUCAUCUGGACUGGGGCAAGUUGUCGAGGCAAACAUGGUAGACGGCAGUUCACAUCUGACAACUUUUCCUCGAAUGGGACUCAAGACGCCGAUAGGGAACAGAGGCCGAGGAAAGAAUCUCCUCGAUGGAGCUGCCCCCUUUUACGACACAUACGAAACCUCGGACGGAAAGUAUAUGGCUGUCGGUGCUCUUGAGACACAAUUCUUCGCAGCGCUACUCAAAGGUCUUGGACUUGUGAACCAAGGGUGGGAAAAAGACCAGCAGGAUAGAACGCGCUGGCCCGACCUUCGAAAGUUGAUGGCCGAUAAGUUCCGUAGUAAAAACCGUGCUGAGUGGGAGGCCGUAUUUGAUGGCACAGAUGCGUGCUGUACUCCCGUAUUGGAAUACGGCGAGCUCGAGAGGGAUCCCGAUCGGGAGGGUGAUCAGCGGCCAGCAGUGACAUUGCGGGAGACGCCGUGUUUAGCUGUGAAGGAGGGCGCCGGACACGUCGACCCGAUUCGAUUUGGACAAGGGCCUGGUGUACCAGGGGAUGGAUAUAAAGCGAAUUUGCUGAAGCCAGGAGCUGGGGGAGAAGAAGUGCUGCGACAAUGGAUGGGGUGGGAGAAUGGAAGGGAGUAUGCGUUACAGCUAGGGGGGUUGGUGCUGAAAGAGGCGUCCAAGCUGUGA